AUGCAUCCGUUAGGGUCCGCCGGGCAACACUGCGACUUCACGGCGGCGUCUUACUUCUCCUGGCCGACUUCAAGCAGGCUGAGCAACGCGGCGGAGGAAAGAGCCAACUAUUUCUCAAACUUGCAGAAGGAGGAAGAAGAGGAGGAGGACGAGGUUUCUCCUGAACCAGUCUCCACAGAGCCUAAAGGGCAACGAGCCACCACUUUACUAGAACUCAUGACCAUCAGAGCCUUCCACAGCAAGAUCUUACGUUGCUACAGUCUUGGAACCGCCAUUGGGUUCCGGAUUCGAAGAGGGGUUCUCACGGAUAUCCCGGCGAUCAUUGUGUUUGUGUCUCGGAAAGUUCAUAAGCAAUGGCUAAGCCCUCUUCAGUGCCUUCCUACUGCUCUUGAGGGAGCUGGAGGGAUAUGGUGUGAUGUGGAUGUGGUGGAGUUUUCGUAUUUUGGAGAACCUGAUCAUCACCCCACUCCUAAACAAACAUUCACCACUGACAUUGUUGAUCAUCUCCAAGGAUCUGAUCCCUUCAUUGGAUCAGGCUCUCAGGUGGCAAGUCAGGAGACUUGUGGGACUUUAGGGGCAAUAGUGAGGAGUCAAACCGGAGGAAGGCAAGUUGGGUUUGUGACUAACCGCCAUGUUGCUGUUAACUUAGACUACCCGAGCCAGAAGAUGUUUCAUCCUCUCCCUCCUGCUCUAGGCCCUGGGGUUUACCUUGGAGCGGUCGAGAGAGCCACUUCCUUCAUCACGGAUGAUCUUUGGUUUGGCAUAUUCGCUGGCACCAAUCCAGAGACGUUUGUGAGAGCAGACGGUGCGUUUAUCCCGUUUGCAGACGACUAUGACCUGUCACGUGUUACCACGUCUGUAAAAGGUGGAGUAGGAGAGAUUGGAGAGGUCAAAGCCAUAGAGCUGCAGUCACCAGUUGGCAGUUUAGUAGGGAAACAGGUGGUGAAAGUCGGGAGAAGCUCUGGCUUGACUACAGGAACGGUGCUGGCUUACGCGUUGGAGUACAAUGACGAGAGAGGAGUCUGCUUCCUCACUGACUUCCUUGUUGUUGGGGAGAACCAUCGCAGCCCGUUUGAUCUUGAAGGAGAUAGUGGAAGCCUUAUAGUGAUGAAAGGAGAAGAGAAGGCGAGACCUAUUGGGAUCAUAUGGGGAGGCACUGGAAGCCGUGGGAGGCUGAAACUGAAAGUUGGUGAGUCUCCGGAGAGCUGGACCACUGGAGUUGAUCUUGGAAGGCUUCUUACACAUCUCCAGCUUGAUCUCAUCACCACCGAUGAAGGGUUAAAAGCGGCAGUGCAAGAACAACGAGCGGCUUCGACAACGGGGAUGAGCUCAAUGGUUGCAGACUCAUCAUCACCUCCGUGUGUGAAUCUCAAGAAAGAGAAGAGAAGCCCGGAAGAGAAGGUAGAGGCAUCGUUAGGACCUCUCCAGGUCCAACACAUCGAUCUUGAAGAGAGGAUAGAAACAGAAGGAGGUGCUCCAAGUGUGGAACACCAGUUCAUGCCGACCUUCACUGGACGAAGUUCGGCGUCGGCUUGGCCUGAGAGAGCUAGGGAGGAUCUUGUUACAGGGCUCACAAAUGGUGGCUGCGAUGGGGAUUUAGGUGUUGGGCUGCGUUUAGGAGACGAUGAAGCCAAACGCAGACGCUUUGAAGUAACCAAGGAUAGAAUGAGACCAGCCGAAUAG